GCGAGGGGCUUUGCUGCACUCUGUGGGACAGUCGGUAACGAGCCACUUCCAGGCUGGUGAUGGCACUGAGCCGGUCCAUCUGGGAAGGUUGGACCUUGGAGAGUGAGGCCCUGUUUCGAGAUGUGGGCACCUGGCUCCUGCUCUGGACCUGCAUCUGCUGGGGAGUCUCUGUUCCGGAGGAGGGAGGAGGGACAAGGGCUACAACUUUCACUUGCCUCACCAACUACAUCCUCAGGAUUGAUUGCCACUGGUCUGCCCCAGAACUGGGCCAGGGCUGUGGCCCCUGGCUCCUCUUCACCAGCAACCAGGCACCGGGCAGCAAGCACAAGUGCAUCUUCCAGGGUAGUACAUGCACAGUGGUGCUGCCGCCUGAGGAGGUGCUCCUGCCUUCCGACAACUUCAGCAUCACUUUCCACCACUGUGUCUCUGGGAUGGAGCAGGUCAGCCUCGUGGACCCACAGUACCUGCCCCGGAGACAUGUGAAGCUGGACCCUCCCUGUGACUUGCAAAGCAACACCAGCUCUGGCUCCUGUGUCCUGACCUGGAGCAUCAGUCCUGCCCUGGAGCCGAUGGCCUCACUUCUCAGCUAUGAGCUGGCCUUCAAGAGGCAGGAAGAGACCUGGGAGCAGGCCCAGCACAAGGACCACAUAGUUGGGGUGACCUGGUUUACCCUCGAAGCCAUUGAGUUGGACCCUGGCUCUGCCUAUGAAGCCAGGCUGCGUGUUCAGAUGGCUUCUCUGGAGGGGGACAUGGCAGAGGAGGAGCGUCAUGAGGGCCAGUGGAGCAACUGGAGCCAGCCUGUGUGCUUCUCCUCUCCUCGAGCCCUGCCCACAGGCCUCUUAAUUUCACCCGAGAGAUGGCCAGAGGCCAUCCUUGUUGCUGUGACCAUCUUUCUUCUGCUGACUGGCCUGACCUAUCUUCUGUUCAAGCUGUCACUCAGGGUGAAGAGAUUCUUCUACCAGCAUGUGCCCUCGCCAGCAGUGUUCUUCCGGCCCCUCUACACUGUGCACGGCGGGAACUUCCAGACCUGGACAGGGGCCUGCGGGGCUGGUCCCCAGCCAACCCAGGAUGGUGACGGCACUCCACAAGGAGCCUCAGAGUCCAGCGUGUGGGAGGCCAUCGCCCUGCUCACGUACAGCCCGGCACGGCCCUGGCAACCCUCAGGCCUGGAGGAGGAAGUGAACCUUGGCUCUGGCCUCCCAGGGUCCCUGAGCUCAGAGGCUGUGCUGCCAGCGGGGUGUGUGGACUUGUGGGGGCAGCAGUCCCCCUAUCUGCCGCAGGAGGACUGGACCUUCAUGUCCUCCAGCAGACCGGCUCCCCCGGACUCAGGGGGUGGCAGCAGUGACUACUGUGUCCUACACUGCUAUGGGGGUUGCCACCCCCAUAGCCUUCCCAGGACAUACACAGCCUUCCCAGGAUGUACACAGAGUCCUGUGCCCAUCCCAGCCUUGGCCGGAGGCCUGUCCUGUUUCCAGCAGGGUUUGGAUGUCCAGCAGGGAGGCGCCUGUGGGGGGCCUGGUUGCCGUCAGGGUAAUGAGCUAUCUGAGGAUCACUAGGAUGUUUUGCUGCCUCCUGUUCUGGGCAUGCUGUGGACUCAGUCCUGGAAGUCUAGAACCGUGGCUCACCCAGCUGCAUCAUGUCCAUUUUGGGGAAAAUGGACUAAAAUCUCCGGAGCCGACCCUUAGGGACGGGACCUCCUGAGAAGGGGAGCUGUGCAGUGGUGAGAGGCUCCCUGUCUGGACAGAGGCGUGAGGCUCCUCCUCCCAGUGUCCUGACAGCUACCUCCGCAUUCCCUUCUCCCCUCGUUUUCAGCCCAGGCCUCUUCCUCCCAGCCUGUUCUGCCCGGCGCACACAGGUGAGGCACCAGGCAGGUGAGCAUCCUCUUGCUAUGCUUCUUGUGGCAUCUUCCACGUGGAGGUUAAAAGGGUUAUCUUAUCUCUUCCAAAUUAGAUGGCUGGAGAAGGGGUUGGAGGUGAGAGGGCCAAAAAAACUCUGCCUCUGGGCUUUCCGGGCUCCAAGAACAGGGGGGAGAAAGCUCAGUGACCCCCAGGGAGUGACCCUGGACUCAGUGAUGGUCCAUGGAGCCAAGCUCUUGCUCCUCCUUGUCUUCACCCUCCCCCUGGCCCCAGGAGGCUGAGAGCUGAGGCCGGAGCUCCCACACAGUCAGGGUGGGAAGUGGAGCGCCUUGUUUCCACCCCCAUCCCCUUGUGGGGUAGACUUGGGGAGACGCUGCGGUCUGUGUCGGGGGUGGGGGCAGAAUGUGCCUGGAUUAUUUUCUUAGGGCUGCUCAAACAAAAUGCCAGCAACAGGUGGGCUAAGAAACUGAAAUCCAGUUAUUCUGUUGGGCUUGCCUUUAUAGCUUACUUUUUUUUUUUUCCCUAACAGCUUUUAGUAUUUUCUCCUUUUUUUGAAUUUCUGGAACUUUGAUUGCGAUUUGUGAGAAGUCCUGUUUUAGCCCUGAGUAUUUGGGGCUCUUUAUGCCUCUUGUACUUGAACAUUGAAUUCUUUCCCUAGAUUUGGAAAACUUGCUGAUCUGAUUUCAGUGAGUACACUUUUUUACCUUUUAAGCCAUCUUCUAAUUUUUCCUUUAUUCUUAUAAUUCAGAGGUUCUGUUUUUGAGUCAUCUGGCAGUUGCUGAAUCCAGCUUACAUGAUGUCUUGUCAUUUUCAGGGUAUCACUGAGUUUGUGAUCUUCUACAUCUGCCUAGUCUUAUUUCUGACGUUGUUUUCACAUUGGUGACAUUGGCUACUCGUGCUUUCCACUGAAUUUUUCCUGUUAUCUAUGUCCUCUUGCUUCUUGCUUUCUUUUCAGACAUUCUAAUUCUUUCCCAAAAUGGUCUCAGUUUAUCGUUUGUUUCUUCUUUAAGCUUAUUGAACUUUCU